UCAGCAGCGCGCGGGGCGGACACACACACACACACAGACAGAGGGCUCUUUUAGUCAGCAUGGCCGCAGAGGAGGGACGGGGAGACCGACCCAGGGACUAGCGCACGGCUCAGGUGAAGAGGUGGACACAUUACCGCCACUGACACAGGAUCAGAGGAGAUAGACGGAUUGGCACGUUUCGGGGGGCGAACAAAAACACUGACGAGCUGUGAGCAACUUGCUGGAACGUGUUAAAGGAGUAUUGGGAAGAAAUGCCCUCAUUCCAUCACAUCUGCGUGGCUCAGAUCGGACAGGAUUAAAAUAGCGCCGGAUUCUCCCGAGAGAGAGCGGAGAGAGUGAGCGAAGAGAAGCGAGAGAACGAGUGAGUGACGGCGAGAGUUGGAAUCUGCGCCUCGUAACGCAGACCCGUCUCGACCUGCAAGGCCCCCGCUGACCCACCCAAGGCACAAGAUCGGAAUCGGGCGGAGGCGACCUCAUGAUUUGAGAGAGGCACAUUCCAUAAGCCAUGCUUUUGGUCUGCAGCCCCGGAGACCAGGUCCCUGGAGGGCCCAGGAAGGCACUUUUCCUGGGAUUGAAAGCAUAAUUGUGUGCAUCAGAUCUACCAACCCAGCCCAGCCACCCCACACCCAUCCCCUCGUGCGCCCAGUUUCCCUCUGUACCCUUCUUCCUGCCUCGCAAAGAGAGACAGAGAGAGAGACAGAGAGAGAGAGAGAGAGAGAGAGAGAGAGAGAAGGGAGAUUUCCCCUCAGAUGGGAUGCUUCAGCCACAUCAGAGGAGUUAACCCAAUCCAGAGGCCGGCGCGAGCCUGAGAGCUGCGUCGCGCUGAGAUCAAGUGGCCCGCACUAAGAUCAUUUCUCCCUGAUAGGAAAAUAGCCCCCCCCCCCCCCCCCCCCCCGUCCUCCGUCCUCCGUCCCCCUGUCCUCCGUCCCCCACACUCACACCCACACUCACGCCCCGCCGCUUCCCCCUUCACAGGAUUUAAUCAGAUUUCCUGCCACUUUCUCCGCUGCCCAGCUGCUCGGGGCGCCUGGAGAAAACGAGAGACAGGCCCACCGACGUCUGCGCCUCCUCCUGCACCCGUACAUGAUCCGCCAGGAGGCCUGAGAGGAGGAGGAGGAGGACAGGGCAGGCGGGCAGGGCAGGGCAGGGCAGGGCAGGAGGUGAGGUGAGGUGAGGUGGGCAUCGGAGCUCGUGCCGCCGCCAUGCAGGAGGAGAUCGUGGGCUUCCUGUCGGACCUGUGGAGCACGGCCACGCUGAAGCACGAGCAGGGCGUGUACAACACGGUGUGCCUGGCGGUGCUGCUGGCGCUGCCGCUGGUGGUGCUGCUCACCACGCUGCUGGUGUGCUGCCACUGCUGCUGCUGCCGCCACGACCGCUGCGGAGGCCGCUGCUGCCCCGGCGGGGGCGGCGAGGGCGGGCACAGGGCGCAGGACAAGAGGGGCAAGAAGAACGGCAAGGCGAAAAACGAGGACUUGUGGAUUUCGGUGAAAUCUGGACCUAUGACUCCCGACGUGGUGGGGUUGAGUAUGGUGUAGUAGGACUGGUGGACACCAGCCUCUGUGUCCAAACUCAGGUCUGAGGUUUUUUUUUUUACUUUUUCAUUUUACUUUCUUUUGUUAAAAGGUACAAAUCAUGGUACUGCGUGAAACUGUAGAUUGAUGGAUUGGACAAUGAAUGUGCCUGACAGAAGAAACCUUCACCAUGUUUGUGUGUGUGUGUGUGUGUGUGUGUGUGUUUGAGAGAGAAAGAGUUUGUGUGUGUGUGUGUGUGUGUGUGUGUGUUUGAGAUUGAGUUUGAGAAGUGUUUGUGUAUGCUGUAUUGUAAUGUAAAAACUCCAUUGUUGGGUGUAACUUAUGAACUAUCCUGACAAUUUGGAGGAUUUUGGAUCCUGAAAAAAGAUGGACGUCUCUGACAUACUUAGACUGAAGAUCUUGUUCUAAACCUUUCUGAAAUACUGUAUCGCUGUCCUCAGCACUGACAGGAUAUCUCAAACUCGUCCCUUAAGAGGCUAUGGAGGAUGUUUACACUGGUGUUAUUUUACUCAGAUCCUAUCUUAGAAGGCAGGGAGCUCUUUGAGUAAUUUCAAUUAAAUUCAUCAACAACUCCAUAUGGACUGCCUCACUAUUUAUUAAGUAGAACGGAGCUAAGGUUAUUUUAUCAUCACCAUAGGAACGGUGGAUUAAACAUCUACGUCAAAGGAAGCAGUCUGGGCAAAAAUAGAAUUGCUCUCUAAUAUAUAACAUUAGCAUUUUCAUACCACUCUCAGAGUACAGUCCAGAUAAUGAUUGCACAACACACUUAGUUUGGGUGGGUAAAAUGUAAUUUGAAAUAGAUGCAAAUUAUUAUUUAUUUCACAAGGACUCAUGGCAACAAGACUAAACUAUGAUAAGAAAAUAGUCAUGUUAGUUUUCAUUUGAAAUCAAAGUAGCUGUAGGCCUACUGCUCUACUUCUUACUAGGUGACUGAAGGACAGUGCUUUUGACCAUAAACAGGAAAUGUGUUUUUUUUUUGUUUGUUUGGUGUUGUGGGGAUUUUGUAGGGUGUUUACCUUAUUACACCUGUGAUCGUGAGAGAUGUUGGAGAUCUGUGUGUGUGUGUGUGUGUGUGUGUGUGUGUGUGUGUGUGUGUGUGUGUGUGUGUGUUUGUGAGGUAUGUGUGUGUGUGUGUGUGUGUGUGUGUGUGUGUGUGUGUGUGUUUGUGAGGUAUGUGUGUGUGUGUGUGUGUGUGUGUGUGUGUGUGUGUGUGUGUGUGAAAGAGAGAGAGAGAGAGAGUGUGCGCCCCUCCCAAUAUCACCAUCUGCAAUGGCACUGCUUUGAACACACACCAAUUAUGCACAACACAUUUUGUCCUAGGUGUCUUCAUCCAGUGUAAACAUGCUGAAUCAACAAUAUACCUACUGUGUGCUUUGGCCAAAACUAGCUGCUGCAUGAAGAUCUUUUUUUGUCUGUUGCAAUAUCUUUUCUGAAAGGCAGUACAAAAUAAAGUAUUUUUUCUGACUUUUCUUUCUCUUGGGGAAAUUUAAUUACACGGAGCCAAAUGUGAUUGAAACAAGACCAAACCUUUUCAAAUG